AUGACGGACGAGCAAGAGAUGAGCACGUGCAGUGGUCUUGCCGCCCUCGAUCACGCCAAUUCAAAAUUCUCGUGCGGCUACAGUGUCACCGGCGUUGGAAUGGGGGUCUGCGCACGACACGAGUUUGUCUUACCCAACGGAGUUGGAGACCUUCAAGCCGGAGAGCGGUACAGCAACAUGGACUAUAUCUUCGCCAGCUUCAUGCGCCAUAUCGACACUGCUCUCCGCAAGAUAAUAUCCUACGACAUAGUUUGUCAAUGGAUCAAAAAACUCCUCGAGCGCUUGGCGAAACUCCCGUCGUUGGUCCGACUUCAGCUAGCCCUCGGGCUGGUCCGUUUUGCAAUCCCCAAAAUGCACAUCAAGGGCCAUUUGAUUCUUUGCCAAAUCCUUUUUUCCUUGAUGCUCAUAUUGGGCUCCGGAAUGACCGAUGGAGAGGGAAUCGAAAGGCCGUGGAGCAUGAUUGGAGGGCUGUCGGGGAGUACUCGAGUGUCUGCCCUUUUGCGGCGUCGAUUAGACAAAGCUCACGCGGAACUAGCCGUUCAAGAGGAGGCUUUUCAGCAGCUCACUAUCGGUCAUGCGGACCGUGUCCCGGACUGGAAAAAACAGGUCGACGAUUUCGAGACGGAUAACACGAACUCAAAUCCUUAUGAAUCUAAAUCGACAGGCUUGUCCGAAGCAGCUGUGCGGAAAUUGUACGAGGAAGAAGAGGCGAUUCGAGAGAAAGCCGGUGUCCUGCCUAUUCAUGACGUCUCGCCGACGGAAUUCGUCAUUGCCAUGUUGGAUGUGGAGGCUGAUCAGCGUCGCGUUCGGGCAUUGGCUGAUUUGCGGAAGUCGAGACGUUCUGCGGAGGGCGUUAGCCUCAAGCAGCAACGCCGCAAGCUCAAUCGAUCCAUCAAGCGCAUCCGUACCCUACAGGCCACCUAUAUGCCCGCGGCUCUGCAACGACUAGACUCCCUGAAGAUUAGUCAAGAGACACUCGCGGAACGAGUUCCCUUGCUACCUCCAUCGGCCUUAUCGACCUUAGAGCACCAGAACGGAGGCUGCAAAGAUGGGCUCGUCGAGAUUGAGCGCGGGUUGAGAGAUGCUCAAUGUCGGUCAGCAUUGACGGCCCUUCAGCUGCAGCUCCACGUCAAGUCUCGAUUACUGACUUACAAGAAAAACAACUCGCGCGCUCAAACCAUGAACACCAGGUCGCGAACGUUGGUGGACCAGAACGAGCGCAAAGUCCUUCUUUGCUCCGAGAAAUAUCAGACCGCGUGGAAGGCGCUGACUCUGAUUGCAGGAGGAGCCGAUAAGAUUAGUUGGCGAAAGCUUGAAAAGGCAGACAUUCGGUGUAUGGAGGAACCAGAGGACGUGUUGCGCAGAGAAGGAAUCCGUCGACGGGAGGAACAGGCGGCGCGCAAUCGAGAUCUUGGGCUACAGCAAGCAGGACUGCCCCCUUUGCCCAGACCGACAGAGGAGAUGGACAACAGUGAGGACGAGGACGGGGAAGAUCAACGCGCGGAAGAUCUAUCGUCUGCUCAUCCCGAUCGGCAAAUGGCGGCGAGGGAGGCCAAUGCGCUGUUCAAGCACGGGGAGAGCAGACGCAACAUGUCGUGGAUUUGGACCAACGCGGGGGACAGCGCUGAAGCCGUAGAAGAAGGUUUGUGA